GCCUCGGGCGCAGCAACGCCGGCGCGAGUAGUGGAAUGGGCCGUCCUUUUCAUACUGGCCGUCGGCUUCACGACUCUGCGGACGUACGCACGAACGAGGAUAUCCGGAAUCAAGGACUUGAGCUGGGAUGACUGGCUCGUCUGGCUGGCCGUUCUGGCUUAUGCGGGUCUUACUGUCGACGUGUUUAUCAUAGGGGUCGUCGCGGAAGGCUUAUCCAACGAUGGGAUGUCGGAAGCACAUCGAGCGGCACUGGCGCAGGAUGGUCCAGCCAGCCAGGAGUUCCAACUGCGUGCGAUCGGCUCGAAAGCACAAAUUUCCAAGUGGUUCGUAUACGGACUCACAUUAUGGCUUCUAAAGAGCUCUUUGCUCUAUUUUUUCUCUGGUCGGCUUACUUUGAGAGCCUGGCUCAGCGCGAGUCUCCUCUUCGUCACAUGGGCUGCCACCACCGUGGCGGUCUUCUCAAGCUGCCGCCCCUUCACCAAGUUCUGGCAGAUAUUCCCAGAUCCAGGAACCAUGUGUCAAGCUGCGAUCUCGCCCAUCUUGGUCUCCGUGUUCCUGGUCUGCAACAUCCUCACCGAUGUCUACCUCAUCUCCAUCCCAGUCCCGGUACUCCUCAAGGCUCGCCUUAAAAAAUCACAGAAGAUCUCUUUGAUCAGUCUAUUCAGCUGCAAUAUUCUGAUUACUGGGAUUGCCAUUCUGAGGGCUAUUGUGAUGCUAAAGAAUCCCAUGGUCAAUGGCGAUGGCAUGUGGGCCGUCCGCGAGGCCUUCGUUGCUCUAAUCACCACGAACAUUCCUCCCAUUGCGCCGUUGCUGAGAAGAUGGGUUUCCCGCUGGCUCGGAAGAUCAUCCAAC